CAGACCCCAAACUCCGAAGGUAGUCCAUUAACAACAGGCAGUGAAGGUAGCCCCAAUUCGCCACCAACUAGCAAAAUGUAUCCAUUCGUAUCCAAUCACCCGACGACGCACACCAGCUACUCGACGAUGCCAGGCUUCUCAGGACUGGAUGACAAAUCGUGCAGCAGUAGAUACACGGAGAGUGUAAUGAACAGCUAUCCGCCGAUGGGAGUCCCGGGAAGUGCCAGCAUCGCGCAGUUCUACCAGCAAGCGGCCGCCGUGUCGGCAGCUUCCGCCGGCGUCGGUGUCGACUCGCUCGGAUCGGCCUGCUCACAGCUGUCGUCGUCCGUCGGCGGUGGCCAGUCUGGUCUUCCUGACAUUACCCGCCAUCCGUGGCUAGUGACCGCAUCCCAGUCCGCGUUACAGAAAUUUGCCAGUACAGAUUGGAUGAGUAAUCCCUUCGAUCGAGUGGUGUGCGGCGAUUUUGCAGGCCCGAACGGAUGCCCCCGUCGACGAGGCCGUCAGACGUACACCCGCUUCCAGACUCUGGAACUGGAGAAAGAAUUUCACUUCAACCACUAUCUCACCCGCCGACGAAGAAUUGAAAUCGCACAUGCCCUGUGUCUGACCGAGAGGCAAAUUAAGAUUUGGUUCCAAAAUCGUCGGAUGAAGCUAAAGAAGGAACUGCGAGCGGUAAAGGAAAUUAACGAACAGGCACGGCGUGAACGCGAAGAGCAAGACAAGAUGAAGAACGAAUCUUUGAAAUCCGCCCAGCAGCACCACAGUCACAAGCAGCAGGAACAGACGAUCGUCGGUUCCCAGCAGUCCAGUGGAGGCGGAGGCGGUGGCAGCACUAGCCUUGGCAGCCAUCUACACCAUCCGUCGAUAGUGGCACAAAACGAUCUAAAGCUGGGCCUCGGCAGCAUGGGCGUUGGCGUCGGAGGGAAUCUCAGUAUGAUGGGAGGUCUGGAUAAUAAAACCAAUCAGGAUAUACUAAAAGCAGUGAUGCAACAUAACAAAAGCGCAAACCUGAAUACUAGAGACGUCGUCGGUUCAAUUUAA